UUCCCGAUCCGUUGCUCUGCGCUCCUCUUCGGCAGGCGUGAGCUCCAGACCCAACGUGUCGAUCGGAAAGAGUCGCACGGAAAACAAACAGCUUGAUCGCAAAACAAACACCAAAACCAGUUCAAAUUAAUCUGUUUUAAUGCGAAUCGAGAAACCCCGAAGCGCUGUUGCGAGUCCUUAAAGGGGUUGAGGUUUCCUCGGAUCUCUGUGUGAUCCACGCAGGAACUGUCAGUGUGAUAUAGCCCCGCCCCCUCAGCACACAUGGGUGUGGCCACGAUGGACACGCCCACCCAGCCAGGAACCAAUCUGGUGGCGGAUGUGGUUUUUGUCAUCGAAGGCACAGCGAAUCUGGGGCCUUACUUUGAAUCGCUACGGAAACACUACAUUCUACCAGCAAUAGAGUAUUUUAAUGGAGGUCCUCCUGCAGAGACUGACUUCGGAGGAGAUUACGGGGGUACCCAGUACAGCCUGGUGGUGUUUAACACCGUGGACUGCGCCCCCGAGUCCUAUGUCCAAUGCCACGCCCCCACCAGCAGCGCCUUUGAGUUUGUGACCUGGAUUGACAGCAUGCAGUUUAUGGGUGGAGGAGCUGAAAGCUGCAGUUUAAUUGCAGAAGGGUUGAGUACCGCCUUGCAACUGUUUGACGACUUCAAGAAAAUGAGAGAACAAAUAGGGCAGACUCACAAGGUGUGUGUGUUGGUGUGUAACUCCCCUCCCUACCUGCUCCCCGCGGUGGAGAGCGCCACGUACUCCGGAUUCACCACCGACAACCUGGCACAGAUCAUCGGAGACAGAGAGAUUCUCUUCUCAGUUCUCUCUCCUCGGAAACUCCCAGCUCUUCGCUCUCUGUUUGAGAAAGCCGCUCCCGGUGGGGGGGCAGCUGACCCCCAGAAUAAAGAUUUCGGACAGGACCCCCGUCACAUGAUCCUGGUGCGAGGCAUCACCCUGCCUGUUGCCCCAGGGGGAGGUGCAGUCGCCCCGGGGGGCGGAGCUCUCAAGGCGGUGAUACCCCAGCUCACCCCGGGCAGCCAGACUGGUCUCCUCCCAGUGCCGUCCCAGUCCUCUCCCAGCAUCCAGGCCACCCCCCCUCCGGCUCAGCCAUACCAGGCCCCCUCCUCCUCCUCCUCCUCUUCCUCCUCCUCUUCCUCUCUCAAUGCUGCUCAGGCCGCAGCUCAGAUGGCCGUCGAAGCCGCAAACAACCAGAAGAGCCGCUUUUCCAGUCUGGCCCCCGCUGGCCCCCCCUUCAGCCAGCCGGGGCCCCUCCCAAAUGUGGGCGGAGUCAAGCUGGCCCCUCCCCCCGCGCCCGUGAUCCCCUCCUCUCAGCCCAGCCUGGCCUCCGUCACCACGGCUACCACUGGGAUGCUGCCUCACCAGCAAGGCCCGCCCCCUCAGCAAGGCCCGCCUCAGGGAGCCCCGGCCAAUCAGCAGCCUCCGCAGCAAGGGGGCGUGUCCAAUCAGCAGCAGCCGGGGACCAUGCCCGCCGUGUCGGUGGCCCCGCCCACCUCGAACCCCAUUGGCCAGCCCCAGCUCCCCGGAACCCAGCAGGGCGUGGCUAACAAGGUCCUGGCCUGGAGCGGCGUGCUGGAGUGGCAGGAGAAACCGAAGCCUGCUUCUGUUGACUUGCUUGCCAAGUUGACUCGCUCGCUGCCCUGUCAGGUUUAUGUCAACCCAGGAGAGAAUCU